GAGGAAGAGACACAGACAGAGACAGCAGCACGGGGAGAGAGAGAGAGAGAGAGAGAUCGGAAACCUGAGACUCUGUUUUUCUAAAGCACCGUGUCCUCAACUGUGUUACCUUAGCCUCCUCUGCUCCAAUCACAUCUCUCUCUGUCUCUCUCUGUGCGUUUCUUUUGUGUGAAUUCUAAGCUCACACCAACCGCUAGUUAGGUCUCCCUGUCCUGUCUCAGCCUUUCUCGUGGCUCUGAAUCUCCCAAAGAUUCUCUGGAUCCUAUUUCAGAUCUUUGCCGGUCCGGCUCUGAUUCGUGCCUGUUAUCUUCAAUCCCGUUGCAGAUUUGACGCUGCAAUUGCAGCUUCUUCCGAUUGCAUCCUCCUUUGAACGAAGAUUGUCAUCACGAUGGGGGAUGUGGCGAAGGACUUAGCCUCAGGAACGCUUGGUGGGGCGGCCCAACUGAUUGUGGGGCACCCAUUCGAUACCAUCAAGGUCAAGCUUCAGAGCCAGCCGGCCCCACUCCCUGGGCAGCCGCCCAAGUAUGCUGGGGCAAUAGAUGCAGUCAAACAGACAUUGGCUGCUGAAGGACCAAGAGGCUUGUACAAGGGCAUGGGGGCCCCACUCGCCACUGUGGCCGCUUUCAAUGCUCUUCUCUUCACUGUGAGGGGCCAGAUGGAGGCCCUCUUGAGGUCUGAGCCCGGGGUCUCACUCACUGUGAAUCAGCAGGUUGUUGCUGGGGCUGGUGCUGGGGUUGCUGUCUCAUUCCUUGCUUGCCCAACCGAGUUAAUCAAGUGCAGGUUACAAGCACAGAGUGCAUUGGCAACUGCUGGCCCUGGUGCUGCCGUGGCUGUCAAGUAUGCAGGCCCAAUGGAUGUGGCUCGCCAUGUCCUCAGAUCAGAGGGGGGAAUGCGUGGACUUUUCAAGGGCCUGGUCCCCACCCUGUCCCGCGAGGUGCCUGGAAAUGCUGCUAUGUUCGGCGUGUACGAGGCCGUGAAGCAGUACAUGGCAGGAGGCCGGGACACCUCAGGCCUUGGGAUGGGGUCCCUCCUCGUAGCAGGAGGCAUAGGUGGGGCGGCGUUCUGGGCAUCUGUUUACCCAACAGAUGUGGUGAAGAGCGUGAUCCAGGUCGAUGACUACAAGAACCCAAAGUACAAGGGUUCCAUAGAUGCCUUCACGAAGAUUCUUAGCUCCGAGGGAGUCAAGGGCCUCUACAAGGGGUUUGGGCCCGCCAUGGCCCGGAGUGUCCCUGCGAACGCAGCCUGCUUCCUGGUCGUCGAGAUCACGAAGGCUAGUCUGGGCUGAGAUCCUGAUUUUAUUUCUUCAUUUUCAUAUGAAAUUUACAUGCCCCAUCAUUUCCUGUACAUUCAUUGAAGCAGUUGCAAGAAGUUCUCUGGCGAAAUCGAUUCGCGACAUUCUUAAUUCAUUGAUGUUUUUGCA